UUAACAUCGAUCUAAGUGAAAAACAUUAUUUAUAUAGUUUAAAGUAAUUUACCAAGCCUAAAAACGCCAGUGUGAAGUGUAAUAUGUUACAAAAAUUCUACACACGCGUAAUUCCGGAGAAGUUCAUCGUCUAAACAGUGAAAUAGUGAUAAUAAAUACCGGAACACAAACGAUAACUUAUGAAACAAUUCCGGAUCCCCUGCGGAAAAAUAACUACCAGACACGAAAAAGUGCCACCCGCCGAAGAACUGGAACGUAUUAGUUUUCGACAGAACCAGACUGAAAAUGAGUGCUACACAAACAUGCGCUGGCUGCCAGAGACCCAUACCUAGAAGAGAAUACUUACGAUGUAUGGUUUGCAAAUACAAGUAUGAUUUGGAGUGCGCUAACGUUUCUUUCGGACUUUUUAAGAUUAUGGAAAAAAAAGAUCAGUGGUGCUGCCCGGAAUGCAAGAGUAAAAGACCUAAAACUGGAAAUUUAAACACACCGGUCCGACCUAACCCACAAAAUACACAGGAAGACCCGGACUUGAAUAGGAAAAACGAAGACCAUAACGUUACCCACCGUAAGAAGACAUCACGAUCCUCAGACGAAACGCCGGGAUUAGAACAAAUAUCGAGCCCGGAAUCUUGCGCUCAGGCUACGGCUCAAAAAGAUUUAAUCACUGAAUUAAAAGUAUAUAUGGCUGGACUUAUCAAUAAUCAGACAGACAGCUUAAGGGAGGCUAUAGCAGAGCUUACAGAAACCAUACGAAAACAAAACAAUCGUAUCGAGCAGUUAGAGACCAGAGUGCAAGAUCUGGAAAGCCAGAAGAGUAAACUUGGUGACACUACAGCCCUUGAAAGCAAAAUUUUGAAUCUUGAAGUGGAAAUACAGGAGCGUGACCGAAUGCUAUUGCUAAACGACGUGGAAAUAGCCGGCUAUCCAGAAGAGGCUAACGAGAAUGGCACACAAGUCGUUGUCACCCUUGCAAAAAAAAUCGGAGUUGACCUAGACCCGAAAGAAGUAGUGAGCGCAGAAAGAGUGGGUCCUCCGAGAUCGGCACAGCAGGGCGCCGCUCGAGCUCGGCCGCGCCCCCUGGCCGUGCGACUAACUCGCCGAGACACUCGCGACACGCUGUUAAAAGCCGCACGCGUGCGCCGCGGGGUCACCACCGAAGGCCUGCCUGUAUCGGGGCCUGCGUGUUCGGUCUACAUUAACGAAAGGCUCACUAAACACUAUCGACAACUAUUCCAGCAAACACGAGAGAUCUCCCGAUCCAAGAAUUUCAAAUAUGUCUGGACAAGAGACGGUAAAAUCUACGCCCGGCAGGACGAUGGCAAAGCACGGCAUAGGAUACAAUCGGAGGCUGAUUUGAAACGGAUUUUUGGAGAAUUUUGAUGUUUGAGCUAAUAUACUUAUUUUGGUUGGACGGUACCUUUGAUCUCCCUAACUUUUGCUUGGGAUUGCUUUUCUAUACUAAUAU